AUGGAGAGAAUAAGUGAAGUAGGAGAUAGAGAUGAUGACGACGAUGAGGACGAGAAACAAGCUCCUAUGGUUUGUGCUUCCUUUUUGUUUCUGUGUCUUCCUUCUGUCUUCUUUGGUUUGGAGCAGAAGAAAAUGGGGAGCAAGUGCUCAUCCAGUAUUUCGCACCAUGGCUCACUCUGGCUUGGAUCAAGCACAGUAUCUUCCUUCCUAGCUCAAACUGUCUUUGACAAAGAACAGGUAUUGCAUUCGGCUAUUUUGAAUUAUCAUGUUGUCAAUUUCCUCAAGUUUUUGGGCCUACCUUAUGAUCUAAAAGUGAGGUUCCUGAUGUUUGAUUUAACUGCACAAUAUUAUAUCACUUCUCUUGCUGCCUCUUCCACAUCCACAUCCAUGGCUGCAGAAGGUCUACAAGCUGGGGUGCUGAGCAGCCUGACUGUUCUUGGAAACGUGAGGGUGUUCCAAUUGUUUAUCUUUUUGCUUACGUGA